AAUAGUAAUGACGAGUGAAAAGACCAACCCGCAGACCCACGGCGCGCACCACGGAGGGGCUUCCCGCGAGAAGGCAGGGACCUUCGUUCCCAAGUGCCUAGCACUGCGCCAUAGGCCGGGUGGAACGAGCCUUGAGGGCCUCUGGUUUGAGGUCCCCACGGUCGGGCUUUGGGCCCACCGCGUGCGGCGCCGUGCUGGGCUCCUGGGAUCGGCAGCGAGUCCAGUGACCCCCACCGCACCCCCAGUAAUCACAGGGCGGCCGGCGAACGCGGGCAGGGGAGGGGACCUGGGAAGGCCCCUGGAGAAGGUGGCAUUUCCUCGAGGUGACCAGAAGUCAGCAGCUUCCCAGAAGCCCCGAAGCCGGGGCAUCCUCCACUCACUCUUCUGCUGUGUCUGCCGGGAUGAUGGGGAGGCUCUGCCCGCCCACAGCGGGGCGCCCCUGCUUGUGGAGGAGAAUGGCGCCAUCCCCAAGACCCCAGUCCAAUACCUGCUCCCUGAGGCCAAGGCCCAGGACUCAGACAAGAUCUGCGUGGUCAUCGACCUGGACGAGACCCUGGUGCACAGCUCCUUCAAGCCAGUGAACAACGCGGACUUCAUCAUCCCUGUGGAGAUUGAUGGGGUGGUCCACCAGGUCUACGUGUUGAAGCGGCCUCACGUGGAUGAGUUCCUGCAGCGAAUGGGCGAGCUCUUUGAAUGUGUGCUAUUCACCGCCAGCCUCGCCAAGUAUGCAGACCCAGUAGCUGACCUGCUGGACAAAUGGGGGGCCUUCCGGGCCCGGCUGUUUCGAGAGUCCUGCGUCUUCCACCGGGGGAAUUAUGUGAAGGACCUGAGCCGGUUGGGCCGAGACCUGCGGCGGGUGCUCAUCCUGGACAACUCGCCCGCCUCCUAUGUCUUCCAUCCGGACAAUGCCGUACCGGUGGCCUCGUGGUUUGACAACAUGAGUGACACAGAGCUCCACGACCUCCUCCCCUUCUUCGAGCAACUCAGCCGCGUGGACGACGUGUACUCAGUGCUCAGGCAGCCACGGCCAGGGAGCUAGUGAGGGUGAUGGGGCCAGGACCUGCCCCUGACCAAUGACACCCACACCUCCUCCCAGGAAGACUGCCCAGGCCUUUGUUAGGAAAACCCACGGGCCACCGCCACACUCAGUGCCAUGGGGAAGCGGGCGUCUCCCCCACCAGCCUCGCCAGGCGGUGCAGGGGCAGCAGGCUGCACUGAGGACUGUGAGCCCCAUGCCCCAUGUCAGUGCCUUCGAACCUCCUCCCCCAUUCUCAGGGGACCUGAGGGGCCCUGCCUGCUGCUCCCUUUUUCUGUCUGUGUCCAUGCUGCCAUGUUUCUCUGCUGCCAAAUCGGGCCCCUUGGCCCCUUCCGGUUCUGCUUCCUGGAGGCAGGGUUCCUGCCUUGGACCCCCAGUCUGGGAACGGUGAACAUCAAGUGCCUUGCAUAGAGCCCCCUCUUCCCCGCCCAGCUUUCCCAGGGGCACAGCUCUAGGCUGGGAGGGGAGAACCAGCCCCUCCCCCUGCCCCACCUCCUCUCUUGGGACUGAGAGGGCCCCUACCAACCUCUGCCUCUGCCUUGGAGGGAGGGGAGAAGGUCUGUUACCACUGGGGAAGGCAGCAGGAGUCUGUCCUUCAGGACCCACAGUACAGCUUCUCCAGGGCCAACAGCUGAGGGCUGCUCCCUGCAUCAUCCAAGCAACGACCUCAGACUUUUGCCUUAACCAGCCCUGGGGCUUGGCUCCCCCAGCUCUGAGUGUGGGGGCAUAGGCAAGACCCCCCUUGUGGUGCCAUAUAAAUAUGUACAUGUGUAUAUAGAUUUUUAGGGGAAGGAGAGAGGGAAGGGUCAGGGUAGAGACACCCCUCCCUUGCCCCUUUCCUGGGCCCAGACGUUGGGGGGAGGGAGGGAAAGGAUUUUUACAUUUUUUAAACUAUUUUCUGAAUGGAACAAGCUGGGCCAAGGGGCCCCAGGCCCUGUCCUCUGUCCCUCACAUCCCUUUGCUCCGUUCAUUCAUUCAAAAAAGCAUUUCUUGAGCACCUUCUGUGCCCAGCAUUAUGCUAGGCACACCAGCUAAGUGUGUGUGUGUGGGGGGGUCUCUACGCCAGCUCAUCAGUGCCUCUUCACCCACCCGACUUCACCGGUGCCUUUGCGGGAUCUGUAGGAGGUGGGACCUUUUGUGGGGUUUGGGGAUCUCCAGGGAGCCCGACCAAGUUGUCCCCCUCCCCUGUGCCAACCCAUCCCCUACAGCCCCCUGCUGGCUGGGGGCAGCUCCCAGGAUAUCCUGCCUUCCGACUCUUGUUUCUGAAGCCCCUCCUCCUAACAUGGCAAUUCCGGAGGUCAAGGCCUUGGGCUCUCCCCAGGGUCUAACGGUUAAGGGGACCCACAUACCAGUGCCAAGGGGGAUGUCAAAUGGCGAUGUCGUUGUGCCCCCUUACCCCAGAGCAGGUGGGGGGGCGAAUAUGGUUGGCCUGCAUCAGGUGGCCUUACCAUUUAAGUGCCUUCUCUUUGACAGAGCCCCAGUGUAAUGAGAACUAAAGAGAAAGCCAGACCCC